GGAAGAUACAAGUUUCCAGCACUUUACAUUUAAUUUCUGUUCAACAAAAAAGACGAAGAAGAGGAAGAAACAGCCAUUUGACCAACAUCUCCUGAAGAUUGUCCAGUGGGGGGCGUUGAGGACUUCCUGUGCUCCCUAUGUCCUCUGGCAUCAGAAAAAAAGAAAAGAGAGAGAGAGAGAGAGAGAGAGCAGCUGCUUCUCACAACCCAGCCUUUGCGCUGUCAUCCUCCCCCCUCCUUUCUCUUCUCCCUCAGGAAGGGGAGCACCACACCCUGUCAGCCAAUCAGAACUCAGCUCCACCCUCUCCAUCACAUCAUCUCAGUUUCCAAGUGGGAUUGCCACAACAUCACAGGCACCUCCCUUCUCCUCACUCUGCAUCCUCUAACGGAAAAGCAGAGAAGAAAGAAAUGAGAUGGACUAAAGGAUGAACAGAGAUGUGGUCUAAUGUUGGAUUCUAUAAACCACGUUUGCAGUGCGGUCCUGUGUCCUGUGUUGUUUUCGAUGUGGAAGAGUCGAGAGUCGGGGAUCUACUCUGUCUCUGCUGAAUGACUGAGCUUCUCACCCUGUCUCUAAGGGUUGGGCCAGCCACCCUGUGAAGAAAGCUCAUAUCUGUGAUCUCACUGAUUUGGUCUCUACUCAGAGCUUGUGACCAUACAGUAGAUGAGGUGUUAUUCAGUGAGUCCUGUGAACCCACAUUAGGAAUCGUGUACCUCCCCUCUCUCCAACACCAUGAGUGUCGUAGCUCUCUCACCGGUGGCCCCUGAGCCAGCCUCGCCGAUGCUCACCUCUGUCACUCCUGUCACCCCGAACCUGGACCCCAACACCUCGAGCGCACUUGCUGCUAUCACUGUUCCCCCUCUCGGCCUGGAGCAUCAGUCGAAGGAUGGCUCUACCUCACCGGGCCCAGGCCCGAGCCAGGGAAGCCUCACUGACGGACCUCACAUGGGACAAGACAACUCCCGGAGGUCAACAAAACCUCCGCCUCUCCACACUGGAGCUGACUGGAAGGUCGUCCUCCACCUGCCAGAGAUUGAGAAGUGGCUGAGAGCAACCAGUGACAGAGUGACGCAGCUCACACACUCUGUGGGGCAAGACAGCAACAACCGGCACGUGGACGUCCACUUAGUGCAGCUCAAGGACAUCUGUGAGGACAUCUCAGAUCAUGUGGAGCAGAUUCACGCCCUGCUGGAGACGGAGUUCUCCCUGAAACUACUGUCCUACUCUGUUAACAUCAUUGUUGACAUCAGGACGGUGCAGCUGCUGUGGCACCAGCUGAGAGUCUCGGUUCUGGUCCUGAAGGAACGUCUGUUGCAGAGCCUGCAGGACUCCAACGGAAACUACACCCGCCAGACUGACAUCCUGCAGGCCUUCAGCCAGGACCAGCACCAGACCCGUCUGGACGCUCUGACAGAGGUAGACGAUUGUGGUCAGCUGACUAUCCGCUGCAGCCAAGACUACUUCUCUCUGGACUGUGGUAUCACUGCUUUUGAGUUAAGUGACUACAGUCCCAGUGAUGAACCUGAGGUCCGGGUAGCAGAGUCUAAUAGUGAGGACACCCAAAAGGAGAUCAACCAAACCCAAGACCCAAACCAGGAACCAGGAUCUGAGGAAAGUGGAGAUCCCCAACUGUCAAACCACAAAAUCCAUAACAGUUUACCGGAGCUCUCUUCUCCCAGUGACUCAACAAACCAUAACCCUUCUCCAUCUAUUUUGCCCACAAUGCAAUGUGGCAUGCCUAACCACAAUGAAAGUGCGAAGCGCCCCCUGCAGGGCGAGUUCCACAGCACUGAAGUGUCACCCACACAACCAUCACUUCCCAAGAAAGCUGCUAUGUUCCCAGAUGGAGCAGCCAGAGCGGAGGACUCAGUGGGAGGUUCGGAGAAGGUUAGCCCAGUCUCAGGGAUCCAGUUCCAGUCUGAGCUGAGCCGGAGCACCCCGUCUCUCAUCUCCGUCUCUCCUCCAGACCGCUCCAAGUUCUGGUUGGAACUAGACUCUGUUUAUCCGGAAAAUGUUUCACAGUCCUGCGAGAGCCUGCAGGUGAUGAAUGGGUGCAACAUACGUAGAAACCAUGCAAGCUCCAGAUACGGAGGGCGCUCAGGUGGGAGUGCACAGAGGCUUCUGCCUGACCAGAGGAACUCAUCUGGGGCCAGACCAACCGCUGAUGCCCCCCUGCCUUUGCAGGACCUGAAAUCUCAGAAUGAAACAUCAAAUCAAAUGGAGAGGAUGCAGAAGGAGACACAUACACAUAGUGAGGGGGACUCUGAUUCCUCCUUGCCUUCUCCCAUGAGGGAGCAAGCUCUCUCUUCAGACUUGGAAGCAUCAGGAGAGGAGUCGGACCCCCGACCGCGUCAUAGCAAGGCGGCGGUCUGGAUUGUAAAGCGCCAGGGUCAGAGGGGUCCCCAAGUCUCAUCCAAAGGCAGCCCAGACAGGGAGCACUGGUAUGGGUCAGAAGAGUUCCUGGCUCUCCCUGCUCAGCUCCGCAAAACAGAAAUGCUUGCUAUGAAACUAGAAAGUCUGACACAGGCCGUCCCCUUGAGGCCAGGUGGUUCUACGCAGGAUGUGGAUGAUUGGGAUUUGACUGAGCUCAACCCGGACUGGGAUGUAGGAGAGAGCGGGGACAAUGUGAGCAGUGUAGUGGAUAGUGGGGAAGACAUUCCUUCUCCUCUGCCAUCGCUGGUUACUCGCAGGCGAAACCUGCUCGGCCGCUUUAGCCCCAGUUCCUCGAGCGAUGUUGCACCCUCCCUGGACGAAAGCAUCGAGUCAGGCCCGUUAAGUGAUCUGCAGUCCGAAGAGGAUGAGGGGCGAAGGUCUGCAGAGCAUCAGCUUCCACUGACCGUGCCCCCGUUGAUAGGGCGUGAAUGCACAUCUCUGGUGCAGCAGCUGCUGGAGGACAUUCAGAGUCACGACAAAGACCCUGAUAUCUGGAAGAAGAUUGAGUAUUUUGUGCAGCAGUUGGACGGGUUCAUCUCGUGGCUUCAGGAGGCGCUGGACAGCACAGAGAACUGGAUUCAGCCCAGACAGGACCUGGAUAGCCUGAGGGUAUACCUCGACACACACCUGAGUUUCAAACUAAACGUGGACAGUCGCGCCGCUCUGAAGGAAAGCAUAAUGGAGGAAGGCAAAGCGCUGCUCACCAUCAUCACCUUCCACCAGUCUGGUCUGAAGGAUAUCCUCCAUAUGGUUUCCAGCCAAUGGGAUCAGCUCCAGCGGCAGAUCCGGCGCCAGCAUAGCUGGAUGCUCCGCGCCCUCCGCUGCAUCCAGGCCCGCCUCCUCUAUACCAACCAGUUACACGAGCCCUUCACAGCCCCAGGGGACCCGUCAGCCAAUUGGCUGCCUUCUUGCCCAGCAGACGGCCUCAAGGCGGAGCAGACCACCAGUCAGUGCGAAGCCCAGCGAAUGGCCUUAGAGCAGAUGGCUAUCAAACUAAGCAGCCUGCAGUACCCGUCACCCACCAACAGGAGGCACUGCAGUCACCUGGCCAGGAACAACAGUCUGCAGGAGUUUGAGGCUGAAUACCAGGAGCUGUGGGAUUGGCUGAUGGACAUGGACGCCAUGGUAACAGACAGUCAUCAGCUGAUGUUGUCAGAAGAGCAGAGACAUCACCUCUUCAAGAGCAGCCACACUGAGCUGAUGAUGAUGGAGAGCAGGAAGACCAACCUGCUGGGCCGAGCCGAGUCUCUGAAGAGGAGUGGCACUGAACUACCGAGCAGCUUCCACUGCAAAAUACACAACCUGACACACACAUGGAGACAACUGGAGAAAAUCCUCUCCAAGCAUUCAGGACCCGGUAGGUCUGAGCAAAACCAGUUGUCCAACAUAAAAGCUCAGCUGGCUGGAGGUCGAGGUGUCACUGUUGAAAACCCUCGAUCAGCCCUGUCCCCACUUACCAACUCACUUCUGGAGCAGCUGGAGGCCCGUAUCAAGGAGCUGAAGGCGUGGCUGCGAGACACUGAACUCCUCAUCUUUAACUCCUGCCUCCGACAGGACAAGGAUGCUUCAGAGCAGCUCCAGAGCUUCAAGCCCCUGUGUUCGGACAUUCAAACCCGACGGCGUGGGGUCUCCUCUGUUCUGAAACUGUGCCAGAAGCUGCUACAACAGAGCCAGUCGGGCCCCAUGGCUGAGGUGGGCCCCGAUGCGGAGCAGCACAGAGAGGCCCUGCAGCUGCUGUCUAUCAACCUGGAGAGAAGGUGGGAAGCGAUCGUGAUGCAGGCGCUGCAGUGGCAGAACAGACUGAAGAGAGAGCUGGGAGAGCAGCAGGUUCCUGGGAACUUUUUGGAACCAGGUUUGGUGGACCUUCACCAAAUCAGCCCAGUGUCAGCUGGUCCAGUAGCACCAGUGCAGGAUGAUUCAUGGGAGUGGGAUGAAACAGAUAUGACAAUCACAGAAACAGAGCCACAAGCUAUACCAGAACCUGACCUUACACAAAACCUCCCCACAGAACCAAAUCUGCCUUCUGAAGCUGUUCUGCCCAAUGAAAACCCCCCUGACACGAAUAGAACACCCGUCCCCGCUACUGAGUGUACUGAGAUUAUGUCGAAUAUUAGAGGUGGAUCAUCAGUGGAGGUUCAGCACAAUAUGACCUCCCAAACUUCACCCCCUAACAACAAUAAUGUCUACCAAGUAUAUAGCCUCCACAAUAUUGAAUUAUACAGACAGCCUCAGUUUCCUCACACUUCAUCCUUAUUGCAAAAAACCAAGUCAGGAAAAAGGAAACAGCAAGUUCUGCAGAAGAGCUUGAGUAAGGAUUCCUCCUUCUCUUCCAUCGAAUCCCUCCCAGACCUCCUGGGAGGUUUGAUGUCAAGAAGAUGCCGAGAUGGAGAGAGCGAGGGUGGAAGAGGAAGCGGCCAGUCCUCAAACAGUCGUCGGUCGGAGUGCGAAAGCGGGAUCGUUAGUGACACAGGAGACACAGAGACAACAAUAGCCAACUUUGAAAUCCCAGGAGAGGAAAAAGGUGUGGGUAAAGAAGAGGAGGAGGAAAGUGAGCAGGAGAAGGGGUGGAGGAGGGGCGAAACUAAAAGAAACAGAAAGGAGGAGAAGAAGAGGAGACACAGGAGGGGAGGUGGAGAGGCUGUUGAAAUCCUAAUUAACGGACGUGGCAUCCUGACACCUGCGGAUUCUGACUCUGAUUUUGAGGUGGGGGGACUUGCUGUUGACUCCUCAAAGUCUUUCUUGUCCCACAGUGAUCUCACUGACUUCACCACUCAGCAGUACCAUGGUUUGGAAACUCCUCCUGUCCUCAGCCGCCGGGCAUCAAGUCCAGUUUUAUCUCAGGGCUCCUCUCUAGAGUCCCUUCUGGCUCCAGGUGUGGAGUUAUUCCCCUCCAAAGACCCACUGCAUCGUAGCGCCUCUCUGGAGACCGGCCUAGUCCCAUUUCACAGUACUGAUGAAGGAACUGGAGGUAGCCUUGCCAGUCUCAUAGAGCUGGAGAAGGAACAGAGAAGUGGAUAUGAUGGAGGCCAACAAAGAAAAGAAAACAACACUGAAACUGUGCAAGGGGAACCGUCCUCUGGAGAGCUGAGCCGAAGAACCCUUGAUCUCUUGAAACGUCUGGAGAACAUCCAGAGUCCUCUGGGGGCAAAAAUGACCCGGAGUGUUUCUGACAUGACGCUUCGGGGCAGCUCCCCGCAGAGGAGCCCCCUCCCUGCCUCCCCCUCUCUUGGGGGUCGACACGCCCCACUAUCUGGGAUUUCAUGCUCUUUGUGGAAAGGACCUCCAUCGCUGAUCAAUGAGAGUUCAGCAACAGCAUCCCUAACAGAGCUGAGUAGCACUGAGGACUCAUCGCUAGGCUCUGAAGAUUUUGUCAUGCUCAGAAAUCAGAGGCACCUCUUGCUGGAUCCCACAGCAGCACCUAACGCAAACUCUUCUAGGAAGCGCUGCCACGGUAGGAGCAGAGGAGCGCAAGGCCUGGAUGAAGCCGACGCAACUAGUUUGAGCAUGGUCGUGAACGUCUCUUGCACAUCAGCCUGCACGGAUGAAGAUGAGGAUGACAGCGACCUCCUGUCUUCCUCCACGCUCACCCUCACAGAGGAGGAGCUAGGCGUUCGGGACGAAGAGGAUGAGGAAGGAGAGCGGCUGAGUGGCGCAUCCUCAGGUCAUGAGGAUGUUGAGGAUGAUGAUGAAGAAGAAAUGGAGGGUUCUUAUGUGCUGGGGCUUGAGUACAUGAAAAGAGAGCUCCAAAAUUGGAUCCGAUCUCCUCGUGCCUCCACUUCCUCUUUCUCUAAAACAGAAACAGGCCUCCGGGAUGAGCUUCAGUGUGGAGCCAACCUGUCCCCUCAGAUUAAGGAGUGUUUUUUAAACCGCUCAGCUGCAAAAUUAUUAGAUGCCAAUAGUGAUGGUAGCAACAAUAAAGUAAAAACAGGCAAAAGGGGAAUGGAGGAAGAGGAGGAGAAUAGGAGGAACGCAACAAGAAGCUACAUUAGCCAGUUUGUGGAUGAUGUGGAGAAUGGAAAUGUGGACCAGAGCUGUUUAAAAGGGAAGGAUGAAGAUGAUGAGCUCCUUCGAGAGGAGUCCAGCAUGUUCACCAAGAAUGGAGAGUCUCUAAGGGAUUCGUACGUGUUUGCCAAAACAGGAGAGCUGGUUCAAGAUAUUAGCAACUUGGUAGUGAUAACAGAAUCAAGCGAGACAAAGGACUCCCCAUCCUGUGAGCUGCUCCCUUUCCCAUCCAAGCGUGCUUCCUCUUUGGUGGGACAGCUUCGGGGAGAGUUGCCCUGCCACAGCUCCUCCCUCCCUUCUCCUCCGUCCCUCUCCCCAGUGGAGGACUGCAAAUCCCACGAUGCUUUGCACAACAGCAGGUCGGCAGCCAGCAGAAGGAAGGCCAUCACUAUUCAGGAAAAGUUCAGAUUCUCAUCUUUUGUUACAGAGGAGACGAGGAGGGAAGUCAGAGACAAAGAUUCGUCCCUGCUCCCCAAAAAAGGGCACAACUCUCACUCCUCCUGCUGCAAGCACCUUCCCUGCCCCUCUUCCCUCCAUCCACGCUGUGUAGAAGAAAGCAAGAAGGAGAACGUGCAUGAUUUUGUGAUGGAGAUUAUUGACAUGACCUCACUGGCCCUGAAAAGCAAAGAGAACCAAACCGAGGAACCGAGCCAGACUGAGACCAAUGGGUCCAUUCCAGACCAAGGUUCUGCAUCAUUAGCACAGAUCAGAGACAAGGUGCUCGAGCACUCCCACAGGCCCCUCCACCUUAAGAAGGGAGACUUCUACUCCUACCUGUCUCUCUCUUCCCAUGACAGCGACUGCGGAGAGGUCAGUCAGUGCACAGAGGACAAGAGCUCCACCCCAGCACCCUACAGCAUCCCGUCAUACGUAACGCCAACGCAAGGCCUCCACAGCCCGAGCCCUGAGCUGUUCACAAGCACCAGACAGCAAAUUUCAGCGUCUCCCGGCUUCGGAACCAAAAACAAAGUCUGCGCUCUUGAUCUAAAGACUGCCGACAGCGAAACUUACUGUGCCGCUGAUGGUACCCAUGAAGAGCAAACUAGCCCCUGUCUGUCUCUGCCUCCCAGCCCUGACAUCAGGGAAGAGGUGACUCUGUUUGAAGCCUGUACAGAGGAGGUUUACCUAGGCCCGCCCCUCUGCUACAGCAUGGUUCUCACCAAGAAACCACGGCACUUCUUUCUGAAGGAGAAUUUUGAGUCCCCCCUGUCAUUUGGCUAUGAAAUGAAUGACAGCGUACCUUCGCUGUCUUGCUUAAACAACAAUCUUCAGUCUACGUCUGACGAUGGGCCUAAUUCUCCAGCAGAUGACAGUCUGGGUUACCUGUCUCUCUCAAAGCAGACAGUGUUGGCGAAAAACCAGGAUCAACUAUAUUUCCAAAGAACAAGUCCAGCAGAGGACACACAGAGCUCUUCCUCUACUUUCCUGGAGCCUUGUUACAGCUCAUUUUCCACCUCCCCACCCUCAACAAGCAACGCCACCUCCCUCCAGGGGCCUGGCUCCAAACCAAAAGACUACCUUUCCUCUCUUCUUCCUCUUCCUGUAUCCUCCGGCACAGAGGAAGAGAAACGAGGUGAGCACCCGUACCUCCUCUGUGAUGUUGCUGGAGGAGAAGUCGCGGCCGCUGCGAGUGUCAGCACGCCGCAGGAGGAGAGAAGUCGUAAUGAGGGGCCUCCUUAUCUUAAUCCCCGGGCGCGUGUCGCCCCGAUAGACUCCUCCGCAGCCGAAUGUUUGGCAGAUACUAAAACGCUUGAAUCCAAUAUGGGCGCCGUAAUGACCAAGAUAAGUGUCUGCAGCUCCGCUACAAAUCCCUCAAAAGAGCCAGCCACCACCGCCACGCGUAUUAAUCCCAAAAUUAACUGCUUGGCGAUGAGAGAAGCAGAUAGGGGAGAGGGGGAGAGGCAAGGGGAGGUGGAUACUCAGUGGGUGAAGUCAGAGGAGAAGGGGAGGAGAGGACGGAGCAGCUCGCAGCAGGAAGCAAAGACUGCGACAGCGAAGCAGGGGAGCUCUCAGUUAAGUGCCAGGACAGCCCAGGGGCAGAGCCAAGCUUCAGUGAGACAGCCCACCUACAGGACGGGUACCAUCAGGAGACCAGCCGUGUUGGGAGCAGGAACCUCCAGGAUCCAGCAGUAAGCGAGCGCCUUUCGUCUUCUUCAUCGGUGAAGUGAUCUCUCUUCUGGGCCUCAUCACUCUGGAUGGCCCCUCUCUGUUCCUGGAGCUUUUCACAUUUAUCAUCUCUCAGUUCUCACUGUUGUUAUUCAAGACUGACUCAUCUAAUCAUUUCAGGGUGACCUUCAAAUUGAUUGUCAACUGAUUCUUAGUCAGAGUCUUUAUGUCUUAUUUCAGGGUUGAGCUUGUGAUUAUGCUGCAGCUUUGGGGUUUGGCUGAGCAUAUUUAUGAGUUAAUCUGGGGACAGUAUAUAGAAUAUGAAAAUACAGUCAUUAGGAGAAAGAUGUUAAGAAUUAUAAAGAAAGUAUUGUAGCAGAAUUAUGUCCAGCAACAAUUUGCAAACUGUUUCAAGGUGACCAAGGGCAAAGAGAUAUUAUAUAUGGGCCAUGACUCAUAUAAUUUAAUGUCGUGUCCGUUACAUAACACUGGGCUAAAGAGGAAAAUACACUGAACAACACAGACUAGCUUUACUGUUUAAAUGCCGGCAAUGCAAAAUCAGCCUCAUUUUCAUUUUGCUAUGUUUUGUAGCUUGUGUUAAUCCUAUUUAAAACAAUUUAACAGUGCUACCUGAGCUUUUAAACUUUCAAUAAGCAGUAAAUUUAACUAAUGUGAGUUGUUCAGAAAUCAGGUGGAAUUUACUGUACUUGUUUGAAUUUCUUUUCUUGGGGUCAGUUUGUUUUAUUUCCCGUAGGCCGGUUUUUCCACAAUGUUACAUUAAUACACAGAGGUAAUCUGGUUCAAUUGUUACUGCUAAAUUCAUGCAAUUAAUCUAACUGACUCAACAUAAAAUGGAAAAGGUUAGAUAUAAAAAAAAGUUGAAAUGAUAUAUAAAACAAAAAAGAUAUCAAAAGGGCCUUUCAGAUUUUUUGGAGAGUUUGAGAAUCAACGCUAUAAGAAUAGCAGCAGAAAAACAACCAUGAUGUGGUGAUGAGCAUAAAUGAAAUCAGUGUGCCACUGUGUAGAGCACUCCACAGAAACAUGAAUAAUAAGUUCAACUUCAAGUCAUACAAGUCGUCUAUCAGAGGCUCUGGACAGCUGCCCGUUUUCUGUUCCUGGAAAUUAUUUGCUACUGGUCAGUUAUGACAAAAGAAGACAAAAUUAUCAUUAUUUCCAAACAGAAAUCACCUAACAUGAGCAAAACCCGAGGUUGAGUGAAUAAAACAAAAUAACAGCUCAGUGAAACCUGCAUCCUGUCAGGUGUUUUCUGGACAUCUAUGGAAGCUCUGUCCACUGGGCGAUGGGUUUGUUUCUUUGGCAGGUAUGGCUAUGGAAACUUUAUUUGACCAAUAAGGGGCAUAAAGACUGAAAACAAGGGGGCUGAGGGAAACAUCUGACUUUUAUACAACUGCCUAAUCAAUUUUUUUGCCUCACUUUUUUAAUUUCUAAGCAAAAGACCUAAAUUCAGUUGACCUGAAGUCAAACAAACUGGAGCUCUGAUUUUUUCAGAUUUUUCAUUUUCUGUUUCUGUUUUCUCACAUCACUCCUCAAAAGCCUCUGGUUCUAUAAUAUUCUGGAGCUACCUCAGUAUUGGUUGUCACACUGUACAUCUUAUCUUUACCAAGUCUGCGUCUUACUGUAUCUAAGUUGGUGUUUUUACACUGCAGUUGUAAACACUCUUUUCUUACAGCACACUGCUUAAAGUUACAUAGCCCAGUGUUUCAGCAUGUCACUUCCUAAAAAUAACACUUGCUAGAUUGUGUAAGUUUUCAUAAUCUGCUACUGUCACGUGGUCAGUUUCAUUAGGUCUGCUCACAGUGGUUGUGGUAGAAGCCCGUCAUUGUAGUAGAAACAGCACUAAAAUUGAGUUGUGGUGUAAGUUAGUGGAUCGCUAAGCCCUGGUUCUAUAAUCAAAUAAAUUAAACUAAAUUUAUUUAAGAUAUCAGAAAAAAAGAUUUGGAGGGUGGGAAGAGCUUAAUGCUAACAGACAUGAAAACACAAGUGAUGAUAAGAGGAAAAAAAAUCAAGGGUAUGUUAAAAAAUAUUACAAAUAUUAACCUCACUAAAACAGCUUUGCUGGCAUUAAUCUGUUUUGUUAAACUCUUAUGAUUAAGGUACAAAGAGCACACAAAGUCGUCUUAUACUGCAUAGAAAAACAUAAAAGUGUAUUUCGACUAAACAAAGCAAUUACUAAGGAUGUGUGUGACUAAUUGAAUAUUAAAUGUUACCUUUGCUGGUCAGCUUCAGAAAUGCCAGUCAUUUGAAGUAGUUAAGUAAACUGUUAGUUCUAAGAUCCACCACAUCCACCAACUGGGGCUACAGUCCCAAAAGACAGCAGCACCCUGCUCUCUGAGCAGUUGUAUGCUAGCUGUGUCAGUGUAAACUGGCAUAUAACCAUCAAACAGAGCAAUACUUAACCACAUUCUGCGUUAUGCUGGUUCUCUGUGGAUGUUACACUAACAGAAAAUAAAGCUCUUGGUCCCAGCUGUAGUCUUUAGUGCUAGCACUACUCAUGCUAGCAUUGUUAAGGUUAGCUGCACUUGGCAAAUGAACCAGACUGGGUGCUUGUUUUGCACAAAUUUCAGCAACAUUUUCAAUACAGUCUGUUAAGAACUGCGGUUAACUGUUUAAAUGACUCUAAAAUACAUGUUUGUAUCAGAAAAAUUAGACAGGUCUUCUAGUAUAACUAAUUUUCUCCUUUGACGAUUACAAUAGUCCCCAGGAACAUCGCUAUUUACUACCUAGAACACAGACUGAAGGAAUCUAACACAGUUGAAUCCUUCUCAUCCAUUUGUAGAGGUCAUUCGGAUCUGUCUUUAUCUAACACUGCUAAAUCUUAAGACGUGUCUCCACAAGUUCAGAAAUGGACAGUAUUAUUACUUUGGUCAAAUCCCUGAUACUGUUACACUUGUGACAAUUUCACUGAAUAUGAAGUGCUUACUCCUCAUUUGAUGUACUGACCAGUUAGUUCUUGGUGAAACUUAGGAAAAGACAUAGAAGAGUUGUCCUUGUUUUAAUUCCAGCUAGCUGGUUAUGUCAUAGCUCUCAAGCUUUUUGCAAUUGAGGAUUCAAAGAUUAAUGUACAAACACUGGCCUUUUUGGGAGGUAGGUUGUCUGCUUUUGCAGUUAAAUGCUGCGACUCUUUUUCUCCAGUUUCCCCAAAUCAAUUCUAAAGUAUAUACCUGUCCAAAGGCGAGUGUAUCAUAAGUAAUGCCUAAUUUGGACAGAAUUUUGAGAAAGUUCCUUGAGAACCGUCCUGCUUUGCAGACUCAUUGAACAUACCCUUAGCCGUGUCCUGUAGGGUAAAUUUGUGACGAUACUAUAGUGAAUCCUCUGUAGAUCAUUCAGUUUGAGUUGAGCCUGUCUCUUUCAGAACCAAUAUAACCUUUCAAAGUGCUGCUUGAUAGUCAAACCAAAUAUGAAAAAAGACAAAAUUCUCUGCUGGCAUUUAUCUAUUCAGUGACAGUUGUUUACCACUUUAUUAGCUAUUCGAGAGUAGCUACAUGGUGGUGAAGAAGUCCAUUGAAUUACAUGUGGAAUAAAACCUUUCCCCUGUAAACCAGGAACAGCAUUUGCAAACUGAACUAAACCAGGUGUCCAAAAACAAAAGGAACAAAAAAAACCCAACACAAAAACAAAAUGGUAUUCUAUCUAUGCAACACGACCAAAGUUGGUGAGAGCUGAAGUGGUGUUGUGUAGACAUUACGCUUUGAUCACUGUUGAUGGGACGUGUGUUGUAUUAAUACUGCUGUAUGUAUUUACACAAAUAUUGUAUCAUGUAUCAUUUUCUUUCUUUUUUUUACCUUCUGGACGACUCCUGAGAUGACGAUUAGCAGUGACGCUAGAGUUUGGGAUUGGUGCCGAGACAAGUGUGUGUAGGACAAUAUAGGAUUUGAAAUCUUUAAAGUAUAAUUGUGUGCCUUGCUCCACUGUUACUUCUCCUACCUUUUUUUUUUCAAAUAAAUACACUGCUUUCCCAGGUAGAAAACAUGCAACAUGCAAGAAAAAAAUGUUAAAAAAAAGAAAAGAAAAAACAGCAAGGUUCAUGUUGAGCUUGUGUAUAUAUGUAAAGGUGUAAACCUUGAUGUAAAAUGCAAGAGGGGGGAAUGCUUGGAGUCUGUGUUUUUCUCUUUAUGUGGUCUGUGAUGUGAAAUAUCUUUAUUAUUAGUACUGCCAUAAAGAGCUUGAGUGCAUGGUUCCUGCUAACUAAAGCCAACUGAAAUAAACUUAAUUUAUUGGAAAACAA